AGGUUAUUCAGCGAUAGUUAUGACCUCCCGGUUACGUGCGUUGGGUGGAAGAAUUAAUAAUAUACGCACCUCAGAAUUACCCAAAGAGAAAACUCGAUCCGAAGUCGUCUGCAGCAUCCGCUUUCUAGAUGGCUUGGUACAGACCUUUAAAGCUAAUAAACAAGAUACCGGUCAAGUUCUUCUGGAUAUGGCAUACAACCACUUGGGUGUGACUGAAAAGGAGUAUUUUGGUUUGCAGCAUGGCGAUGACUCAGUAGACUCUGUUAGAUGGCUGGAAUCAAGCAAACCCAUCAGGAAGCAGUUAAAAGGAGGUUUCCCCUGUACUCUGCAUUUUCGAGUAAGAUUUUUUAUACCUGAUCCCAACACACUACAGGAAGAACAAACCAGGCAUUUGUAUUUCUUACAAUUGAAGAUGGAUAUUUGUGAAGGAAGGUUAACCUGCCCUCUUAACUCAGCAGUGGUUCUAGCAUCCUAUGCCGUACAAUGUAAGUCACCAAGGGAGCCUUUCACAGAUGGACAGACUAUUCUGACUGAUGCGGACACCUGCAUUCCUAAGCUGAAUGAAGGGGAUCAAAUUGUGUUAAUCAAUGGCCGGGAUAUCUCAGAACACACGCAUGACCAAGUGGUGAUGUUCAUCAAAGCCAGCCGGGAGUCCCACACGCGGGAGCUGGCCCUGGUGAUCAGGAGAAAAGCUGUGCACUCAUUCGCUGACAUCAAAUCUGAAGAUGAACUGAACCAGCUUUUCCCAGAGGCCAUUUUCCCCAUUUGUCCAGAGGGUGGGGACACCUUGGAGGGAUCCAUGGAACAGCUAAAGAAGGGCCUUGAAAGCGGGACAGUGCUGAUCCAGUUCGAGCAACUCUACAGAAAGAAGCCCGGUCUGGCCAUCACGUUUGCAAAGCUGCCUCAAAAUUUGGACAAAAACCGAUACAAAGAUGUGCUGCCUUACGACACCACCCGGGUCUUAUUGCAGGGAAAUGAAGAUUAUAUUAAUGCAAGUUAUGUGAACAUGGAAAUUCCUGCUGCUAACCUUGUGAACAAGUACAUUGCUGCUCAGGGUCCCCUGCCACACACCUGUGCACAAUUUUGGCAAGUCGUCUGGGAUCAGAAGUUAUCACUCAUUGUCAUGUUGACGACUCUCACAGAGCGAGGGCGGACCAAAUGUCACCAGUACUGGCCCGAUCCUCCCGAUGUCAUGGAACACGGCAACUUUCACAUCCGAUGUCAGUCAGAGGACUGCACCAUCGCUUAUGUGUUCCGAGAAAUGCUGGUCACCAACACUGAGACCGGGGAAGAGCACACUGUGACGCAUCUCCAGUACGUCGCGUGGCCCGACCACGGCGUUCCUGAUGACUCCUCAGACUUUCUGGAGUUUGUCAACUCUGUGAGGUCCCUGCGAGUGGGUGGUGACCCCGUGUUAGUUCACUGCAGUGCUGGAAUAGGGCGCACCGGUGUGCUGGUCACCAUGGAAACAGCCAUAUGCCUAAUUGAGAGAAACCUGCCUGUUUACCCACUGGAUGUUGUCCGGAAAAUGCGAGACCAGCGUGCCAUGAUGGUGCAGACAUCAAGCCAGUACAAGUUUGUAUGUGAAGCAAUUCUUCGUGUUUAUGAAGAAGGCUUAGUCCAAAUGCUGGAUCCCAGUUAAGACAACUGUGAAAAACGUUCAUUCCUCUUUCCCAAGGGCAUCCUCCUUAAGGACAGACGCCUCUCUGGAAGCAGCAAGAGGAAAUUUGUAGGCUGUGGGGAAGGAAUGAGCACAUUUGAAGCCAGGCACUUUAAAGUUCUAAAGAAGAGGUAUCGUGUACAUAGGAACUGUGUAGAUACGCAUGCAGUUACCGCAACAUUUAGGCCCGUUUGUCCUCAGAAAUAAGCAAAAGGGGAUCUCAGUUUGGGGCCUGUCCUAUUGCCUUCCUCCCUAGACAUCACCAUGUUCCUGUAAACCAUCCCUGGGCAAUUGAGAGGGGAGGCCAGCAGUGCUGUUGACCUCCCAGAAACAAGAGGGUGUGGCUACUUGGAGUUGCUUGGAUGUUUUGUGUGUAUAUGUGUAUAGGACUCUAAGGGCUGAGCUUUCUGGGCUUCGAGGCAGAGAUGGGACUGUUAGCUUUCACCCGCCGAUGCUAAGGGAACCCUGAUGAGUGUACUCAGUGGUAGGGUGGUGGGAUUUCAAGCUGAAGGGCGGGCACUACCUUUUCUGCCCCAUCUCCCUCCCACUUCCCAUAUUCGUGUUUCUGAAAAUCACUUCCAAAAUGCCCCGCUUGCUCCCCGCAUUAAUGACCCGUUCAGGGGCUCACACAGUGCCUGGACCAGGUUAGUAACGUAGGUUCCGGCGAGUUUUCAGUUGAGACUCUGAGAAUGAAGACUCCCUGUGCGUCUUGUCACCCGUCGUUAGGAGCAGGGUGCUUCGGGUUUCCACUUGCCUCUUGCUGUCCCUGCAGAACCCAAGACUGGAAUUGUCGACUACUGAAUCUACUACAUGGAUUGCUGCUACUUCAAGCUAUUAAACUUGAAACACUACGAUUUUCCUGAGGGGAGAUGGGAUAUCAUCUUAAUAUUCAGAAUCUUUGGCCCUUCUGAGGAAAGAUCUAGUCAUGGAACCAUGGGAAACCCAGCUUCUAGAGGGUUUUCCGUGGAUGUGUGUGGAUGUGUGUGUGUGUGCCCAUGGUAAGUGUUUCUCAGGAUUCCUAACUUGAUUCAAAUUACAGUUGAGUUUCUAUAAAGAAUGAGUCUCUGUAUAGAAGAACAAAUGUGUGCAUUCACCCUCGGUUAGAAUGGUCUCCAUUUCAUUUCAAAGGAGAGGAUCAGGCUAUCUGAAUAUAAACACAAUUUGAUGUUAAUUUAUUCUAAGUGCACCCUGAUUUUAAUUGUCCUAAAGAAUCCUGCCUUUGUUCAUACUGUGUUAAAUUUUUUAAAAAUUUGUGACAGGAUUGUAGCAAAUUAUUAUUUAAGGAAAAUAAAUUACAUAAGAAUUUGAAUGUGGUAUUUUUAAAUAGCGGCUUUUAUGUAUCCUGAAGGGAGAGGAAGCUCAGCCAGUUUCUUAGUGGGAUGUAUAGAAAAAGGAUGCUUUUAUAUCAUAGCGCACAGAAGUGAAGCCAUUUUGAUGGUUAGCAAACUCUGGACUAGUCGAGUCGUUUCCUGGGUGCAAGCUGGAUAACGACCUAGAUGAUGGGAGCCGGGUUUCUAAAGGUUCUUUAUCUCCAGACUUAGCUCAUUUAGUUGCGCACUUCCCACCUGUCCCCCACCAGUACUUGACUGCUAAAUGGCAGGGGUGGGAGGGAGGUGUCACGCUGUGCCAUAGCCCACUACUGUGAGACAGGAGACCACCGAAGCCCCAUCUUUGUCGGAUUCCUGCUAAGCUAGCAGAAUGAACCAGGAGAGGUUGCAAUUAUGCAGUUGGAGAUUUGGUUCCUGGUCCCACUCGUCAGUAACUAUCUCUUGGCCUGGUCACUUCGGAGCACUGUGUCUCUUUCCUCUAUUUCCUGUGAGACGGGAGGAAUAAUAGUGAGGCUGUGGGUUGAAUAUGAGGACCGAACAAAUGCUCUCAGCGGGAGUUUUCAUCAGCUGGUAGCUAUUUGAUACUGCUUACAGGUGCGUUACUUGGAAAAGUUAACUUACCAGCCAUCAGCCCAAAAACCCACGAAAUAGAAGUAGAAGCUUAUGGGGCGCCUGGGUGGCUCAGAUGGUUAAGCAUCUGCCU